AUGGACAUCAAUUCACACUACAUUUACUGUGGCAUUUGUUUCAACGACUACAUAGAAGCCCAACAAUGCAACGAUCAUCUAUUGAUGACUUCAUGCGCUCACAUAAGCUGCAACAGCCACUUUGCUAAAGACGAUUCGUCAUCUGGGGGUUCCAAACUUCACCAAUGUCCUGUAUGCGGCAAUCGAGAUAUCACCACAGUGUUCAUCGAUGAGUCCAUUGCACCAGAGUUGAAGAGAUUUUUUACACCAAUAACACAACAAAUUGACGAAUUUAAUAGCUCAUGUAAAUUUCAAUUCAUCACUCUUGUUGAAAAGAUUAACCAUUUGAAGCAUGCUAAUGGGAAACUAAAAGAAAAAGUGUCGAAACAAAAGGACUUUCUCUAUGCAGCCAAAGAAGAAAUCACCCAUUUGUACAAAUACAAAUCACAAGUGGAGAAUCUUAAGCAAGAAGUGGGAAAUCUCAAGCACAAGAUAGAGGAAUAUAAUCGACCAGAAACAUUUGAGCUCACGAAUGAUGAUGAAAUCGAGUAUGGUCGAAAUAAUGAACAGGAAAAUAGCUUUAUCCAACCCACCACCAUGCGUGCACCAGAAAAGCCAUUCAACUUUGCUCUGAGCACCUUCAUCAGUAAGAUCCAUAAACAAUCGAUAAGUAAGAAGCUAGGGACAAGCGUCCCGCGAGUGGCUGCCACGAUCACCACCAUGGCUAACACCCACAAUCCCAGUAAAAGGUCCUUUUAUGCCGAAUCAACCAAGAUUGGAGAAAUCAAUUCAGUACAUCAUCAUGCUCCACUUUUAUCGUCAGGUACAGCUUCUUCGAUAUCCAAUUCUCGAGCCCAGUUUCAGAGCUUGAAUUUGAACAAGUACAGGAAUCCAACAGGGAGAGCUGCGACCAGCCAAUUGGCCUCAAGAUUGACUGCAAACAUGCGUGUCGGUACUUUAAACCAAAACAACGAUCAGCCCAGUGAUUCUGGUGGUGCGUUUCGAAUGGCAAAUACACAUUCUAAUAUGAUCAGCAGAGGACCAGUAUUGAAUCGAAUAUUGAAGAAACAUUCACUGGGGUCAUCUCGACAUUUCGGUCAUUAA